AUGGACAUGAUACAUAUCGCGGAGCUCAACCCAGAGCUGCCCUUCCGCGACACGAAGCAGUUCAAAGCCGCCGUCACCCUGAUAUGGCCCUAUUCCUCCUCGCAGCGACAAUUUGCGCUACUCCUCGCCGAAUCUGACUUCCGGUUACGGCGAAAGAAGGGCCAGGUCCGGGUUCGCUUCUCCGGUUCCAGCGCGAAAGCACUUGCGACAACGGGCGUGGGAAUUGGAGAUGAGGUCGUCCUAAGCUUAAGAGGCGCGCAGUUCGUACAGGAUGACACUGUCAGCACGCCGGGACGGAGCAUCGACUGGGAGCUGGAGUAUAAACAAACCGUGGCAGUACAGGUCUUCCGCGAAGGCGCCGAAAUCGCGAACCUCGAGCUGUACGAUGCAGCACCAACACCUGCAAGACGGUCGCCUGUUCGCCAACAGACCAGUUCCACUCCCGGUUCUGCCCAGCAAUGGUCUUCUCCGGCAUUCCUCAAGCGCGCACGACUGUCUGAUGGCCCGUUCUUCGAAGCUCCAUACGAUCCUUUGACAGACGAGAAUGCAGACGGACAUGACAAGAAGAGGCGGCGGAAGUCUUACAGAGACUGGAAAGCAUGGACAUACAAUGCGCGGACACCAUCUCCCGAGAAGGGCGAUGUCGGGACCGAAGAAGAGCUGGAGGAAAUGGACGCAUCACCCAGUCGCCCAUCACAACUACCGCGAACCCCAAUCUCCCCCUCCAAAUCACAAUCGGUGUCUCUUGCUGCAGGAACAGAAGUGAUAGACAAGGACAAGCUUCAAGCAGCACCGAUCGCAGACCCAAGCGUACAAGGGGUGGACACAAAAGCAAUGCAGAAACCAAAUCCCGACGACUUUGUUCGAGACGGCGAGUACUACGAUUUGUAUGCUGGACCUGACGAAGAUCGACCUAUAGACUCACAGUACGCGUUUGGAGGAGACACAGAAGCCAACACGGAGGAAGAAACACUGGAGGAUACAGAUGCUGCUAGCAUCAGUCCGACCGAGGCUGCCACUGAAGACAUGGAGCAAAAUAGCCAAGAGCCAGACCGUGUAGCGGGGAAGUCGUCCCAGCUUAUAAGUCAAGGAUUGUCUGGAGUCCACGCAGGGGACAUGGUCCAAGAUGGCGGUACCCUAGCAGAGUCGCAGACCCGAGAUAUUGUGCAAGUCACGAUAGACGACGUUGACUCUGUAGGCGCGGAAAAGAUAGAGGCAGUACCCAGGAUCGCCAUGCCGCCGCCGACUCUAUCACCUCUCAAUACGAGCUUCAAUGUGCCUAGAUCUCCUGGGGCGCUUACACCUAUAGGAAACGAGCCGGCAAGUCCAACCCUAAAGCCUCUAGAUUCAGCUCUUCUCCCUCUUCCUUCGCCAUUCCCUGGAGAACGUGAAUCCAACGUCGAAUCAUAUUUCGAUGAAGCCUCGACCAGCGAACCAGCGGUGGAGCUCGAGACGGCGGAGGAAGAGAGGCCGCCCAGUGAAGCUAGCUACAUCAUGGAAAAUUCCUUCUUCAGCUCAAUCGGAUCGUCAAAAGCGAAUCCGUUCCACCCAGACCACGAGUCAGCUUUCACACCCGUACGCUUCACGUUUGGUAUGGAUGGCGCUGGCUACAGCAGACCAUUAGAUCUAUCUUCGCCGGCACCGGAGGCCGCCAAAACAAGCUCGAUCGAGCUUGAUCAGGACGAUGCCGAAUCUGUAGCUUCAGGCGGCUCGGACGAGGUACCGGAAACAAUCCCGGACAACGCCACUUUCAAAACAGAGACAACCAAUAACGCGAGUGGCCCAGCAACAGCAUCUAAAAUGGUCGAUGAACUUCCAGUGGCGGGGCAAGCGUUGGAAGCGGAGUCUCCAAAAGCCAAGCAAGCAGUGCCUGAGGUCAUCGAACUGUCCUCAGACCCCGACUUAGAGGACUCUGAUAAAGAUGAGAUCGAGGAACAAGCCCAACCAGAUGAAGCCCCAAUUGCGGACGAGAUCGAGAGGGAGGACGGCAUGCCAAAGGGGCCCAGCCAAUCCGCCCCUGUAUCCACGAUUGUUGACUUGGGGUCGCCACCAGCUAGCAGAGAGGUGGACGACAUGAUACCGGAAACUCUGAACUACAACAAUGCUGGACAGGCAGAUCAAGAAGGCUUUCAGAAUACCCUCGAUGCUUCUCUCCAACACCAGGAUGUUGGCCCAUCGCACACCCAGCCAGUGAAUCCGGAAAGUGAUGAAAGACAUAACUUUACCACGAACACCCACGGGACAGCAACUGCUCACACAACAACACAGGAAGGAUCACGGGCCAUGAUGGAAGCCAAUGUGCAUGACCAGCCGUUCAUGGUGGAUCUUUCUGGACCAUACCCGGGGAUGGAAAUUCCUGACACGUUCAUGGAGGGAACCCUACUCGAGGCCGAUUCUUUCUAUAGCGGGCAGUGGGAGACAGAGGAUGUAGAGGGACUCCAUCCUGAUGUGAAGCUAGAGUCAGUCGAGGAGGGUUCGGUGUUCCGGAUGGGCGAGCUAGAUACGCAAGGACAAGAAACUACAGAACCGUCUGGAGAGAUGCUGAUCGAAGUGUCUGAGGAGGGUCACAAAGUCGGGGAAUUACACACCAUUGCCGUGCCUGCUUCCGGACCUGCAAGGAAUACUAGGUCCAAAGCUAAGACAUCUGCAUCGCCUGCCAAGGAUGACAUCUCUCCACCGAAGCGUACCACGAGAUCGACGAAAUCCAAGGCUCCUCAACCACACGAUAUGGACAAUUUCCUAAAAGACUUCCAACCCUCACAAGCGCUUGAUGCUUCUCAGGGUCGAUACUCGAAUGCGUCCUUCGUCAAGGACUCAGAAGAGGAGAGCCUACACUCUGAGCGCUCUUUGUCUACUGUCAAGUACUCGGACGAAUGGAACACGUUCACAAACUUUAGUGAUCCACUGGGAGAUCACGAACAGAACAAAUUCUCAAACUUGAAGCCUCCCCCAGCAAGUGCACCGCAAGCCGAAACUCGAGCAGUAGUGAGGACCGAAUGGAAGAGGAGCGGAACGCAAGUGGCACCUAGCAAAAGUAGUCCGGCUCGUUCAGAUUUCUCGAUGGUUGACCCAACAUCUCAAGGCAGCCCUGGCCGAAAGCUGCGCUCAAGAGGCUCGACAGAAGCCGCGUCCAGUCCUCGCGUAACGCGAGUAACAAGGCAGCAUUCACGCAAUGUCUCGUUAGCAUCACAACAAGCAGAUAACCUUUCAGAGUCAGCAACGCCCAAAGCAAAGCGACUCGCAUACCCUGCGGGUGAAGGUGAGGUCAUUGAGCUUCCAAGUUCACCUCCGGCGUCAGCCGAUAUUGACGAAACCAUGCGGAGCUCUACUCCAGCUCCUGCGCCUCUCCAAUCACUAAACCGCCAGUCGAUCAUGGACAGUAAUAGGCCAAUCACUCCAGAUGCGACACAGCAAACCAACAAGGACUCGCAGAACAGCACACUCGCCGUGCAGCAACAACAGACCUUGCCAAUUACACCCCAGCUCACUCAAGCCACAUCCGCAGGGUUGCGCUCGAUCAAAAAAUCUAUGAUGACUGAAACCGCUGACACAGGCGACGUCGUCCUCCUGCGCGCCUUCGCCGUCAAGUCACUCAACCGUCACCCCACACUCACGUCCGCGGACGAAAGUAGUUGGUGUGUGUGGCGCUAUGCGAAACCUGUUUGGGGUGCGAAGCGUAGUGCGUACGGGGAGUUGAGGGCGCGAGAGGAGGUUAAAGGGCCCGGUGGUGGAGAGGGGCGAGGGCGAAUGGAGGGAGGUUGA